AUGGGUUUGUUACGGCCCGUACCUCCAAACAGGCAAAACCCAGAAACAACCUCCUACCGACCAGGUACCCAAUGCGCUUAUCAUUCAUGGGCGGAAGGGCACGACACUGAAGAUUGCUGGACCCUUAAGAGAGCGGUCAAGAACCUGAUAGAACAAAAGCGGGUAGUGUUGCAGGAUGAGGAGCCCAAUGUAACCAAUAACCCAUUGCCAGCUCACAACAACGGGCCCGUUAUUGGGAUGAUUUAUCAGGACAGAGAGUUUGACCCAGCUUUGAAAGCUAUCAUUGCUAUUGCCGAUAUUGAAAAGAAGCCCAAAGCUGCAGCAAAGCAAGCUAAGGAUGAUAAGAAGAGGAACUCCACUCCUCAAAACACAGAAAAGGUUAUGGAAACCAAGACAGGGGCAGUACCUCCUAAAGAUGCCAUUCUCUAUGUUCCCAGAGCCCCCAGGAAGGAACAGCUUGUGUUGAGUCCUCCCAAAAGGUUUGAGCAAAACAAGGUCACACUGAAGGUAGCAAAGAUGUACGUACCAAAGGGGACCUAUGUGGCGCGGGGGCCGAUAAUUUCACCCAGGAUGACUGAGCCCGUGGUUAUCAGUCGCGCCUCACAAAAGCCCAUGAAGGACCCCACUUCCAUCCCGUGGAACUACAACAAAGCAGUGGUGACAUACAAAGGAAACGAAAUCAUGGGGGAAGUGAAUGAAACAAACCCAUCUGGAAAGUACCACAACUUGGAAGAAUUGAACAAAACAAAGCAAAAGCGUUUUCCACUUAAAAAGCCAGUCAGUGCUGAGGAGGUAGAGGAAUUCUUUCGGAAGAUGAAAACCUCAGACUACGCCGUGAUUGAUCAACUCAGAAAGUCCCUCUCUCAGGUCUCACUUGUGUCCCUGCUGAUAAGCUCGAAUGAGCAUCAGAAAGUGCUGUUAAAGACGCCUAAUGAGGCAUAUGUUUCGGUAGAGACCACGGUUGAACAAUUGGAAAGAAUGGCGGAACGAUUUUUCAAAGUUAACCGAAUUUCAUUCAGCCAAAAUGACUUGCGCCCAGAAGAGGUUGCUCAUAACAAAGCUCUUCAUUUGACCGUUAAGUGUGAAGGAUACUAUGUGAAAAGAGUUAUGUUGGACGGCGGAUCUGGGGUUGACAUCUGCCAUCUCUCAACCUUACAGAGAAUGAAAAUUGGGACUGAAAGGACUAGACCCAAUAAUGUUUGUGUACGUGCUUUUGACGGCGUCAAGAGGGACACAAUAGGGGAGAUUGAUUUGAUCCUAACCAACGGCCCUGUGGAUUUUGAAGUAACAUUUCAGACCAAGAAAUCGUGCUCCACGGAGAAGAUGAGCAUUCAAUCUACAGGGACCCGUUUCCAAGCCACAGAAGCUGACGUAACAUGGGCUAAUGAACGUAAGAACAAUGGGUGGGUCCUGCCUCAGCCAGUCCCGCAUCUCUCCAGAACGUUUGUUAAGCCAAGAUACAUAGAAGAAGAAGAUGAGGCCUUUACGGUCGAGAAAUUGAGGACAUUUGUGGAGCGAUGA